UCAUCAUCAUCCUCAUCAUCUUCAUCUUCACCUUCAUCACCUUCACCUCCAUCAUCAUCAUCCUCAUCAUCUUCACCUUCAUCUCCAUCCUCAUCAUCCUCAUCAUCCUCCUCAUCACCUCCAUCACCUCCAUCGUCUCCGCCGUUUCCCCUUCUCCCUCUCGGUGAGAUGAUCGACCGCAUCGAGUACAACGUGGAGCACUCGGUCGACUACGUCGAGCGCGCCGUGUCCGACACCAAAAAAGCCGUAAAGUACCAGAGCAAAGCCCGGAGGGUGAAAGAAAAUCAUGAUCAUCAUCUGCUGCGUGGUGCUGGGGGUGGUCUUGGCCUCCUCCAUCGGGGGCACCCUGGGCUUGUAGGGCUCCCCCCUCUUCCCCCCAACAGGGGCGUGGCAGCCACAGCGCCCCCCUCCUCCCCCUCCCCUUCCGCCUCCCCCCCUCCCCAGGCCCCGCCCCCCUCCUCGUUAAUUAACGCCUAAAUUGCCAAUAAAUCAAGAGACGAAAUUGUU